GACAAGCAAGAAUAAACAUAGUUGUUUUCUCAUCCGAAGUUGACCACCUUUUUAUCACAAUCGCCCUCGUCGAAAGCCAUACGGAACAUAUAGUCGAAAAUUUCUCCAUGGAAAAAAGGCCGAGAAAUGGACAAGUUGCCGAGUCUCCUAGGCUCACAAUUUGUCCUUGGUGAUGAAGAUCGCGUCUGGCCUCUCAGUGGCAGGAUAAGGGCUGCAGGAACAUGGAUGCCGAAAAGCGAAGAGCUAGCUAGAGUCCGUCCGCCCAUACGCACACGGCUAAGAGUCUCACGCUCUCCGCUAUCCGGCCUAUUCGUCAAUUUGAGACUGGAAGGGACAUGGUCUCUACUUUCGAGAACAACCACUCACCAUCUCCUCAAGCACGGUAUGCCAACCACCUCAUCCCGUACCCGAAUCCCCCGCGACAACUCCAUACGCCACUCUACAGCUGCCCAGACGGCUCAGAUCAACCAGCAAAGUAUGAUUUUCAGAAGCGACCACAACGCCCUGUUCAUUGUAUACGACUCUGCUUGUGGAAGCCUACGAGUCUGGCGUGGCGUCGUUGGCGCGACCGGGCGUUCGGCCAGCCGGGUACGAUGCGGCGGCGAUGAGCGGCAUGGACUUAGUGUUCGGACAGGACUAGCUGCAACAGCAGCGCAGCGAACGAGAUGUCUGAGAUGCGCGGUGAUGACGCUGGCGAUAUCAUUGUCAUGGUAGUGAUGAACACGAUGACGAGCAAGGCAGUCGGUCGCGGCGGACCUGGACAGCGGAGCCAAGCAAAAGGACUCCGCUCGCUUAAGGCUGCCGCCCCGCUCCACUCCACCCCACUCUUAACUCCGUGCUUCCAC